CAUUAUUUCAUAUACAAUGCAAAAUAUUUAUAUAAUAUUAUUUCUCGGAUUAUAUUUUAAUUUCUUUGUUCAUGGCAUAGAAAUCGAUAUAAAUCUCAAACAUAAUUCUGAUUUAGUUAUUGAACCAAUAAUAGGCAGAUUUGAGCAUAGUGAAGGUCCUCAUUGGGAUUCUCAUAUUCAAAAACUUUAUUUUGUUGAUAUAGAAGCACAAAAAAUAUAUAGAUUUGAUCCUAUAACAAAAGAUCUUUCCUAUAUAUUUAUAGAAAAUGGACCUAUUGGAUUUGCUAUUCCUGUUGAAGGAGAACCUCAUAAGUUUGUUGUUGGUUGUGGUACAGAUUUCAUUUUAGUUACAUGGGAUGAACAUAGAAAUGUUACCAAAUCUAUUCCUAAAGUACUUACUAUUGUUGAUAAUGAUCGAAAUGGAACUAGAUGGAAUGAUGGAAAAGCAGAUUCUUUAGGAAGAUUUUGGGGUGGAACAAUAGGACCAGAAGUAAAUGAUGUUGUUAUUCCUAAUCAAGCAUCUUUAUAUCGUAUUGAUUCAGAUCUUAAACCAAAAAAAGAAUUAACUCCUGUUACUAAUAGUAAUGGAUUAGCUUGGAAUCUUCAGGAUGAUACAUUUUAUUAUAUUGAUACUCCUACACUUCAAAUAGCAGCAUUUGAUUUUGAACCUAUUAAUGGAACUAUAUCUAAUAAAAGAAUUGUAUUUGACCUCCAAAAAAAUAAUAUUUCUGGAAUACCUGAUGGUAUGACUAUAGAUAGAAAUGGGAAUCUUUGGAUAGCUUUAUAUGGUGGAGGUGGUGUGAUCAAUGUCAAUCCUUAUACUGGUAAAGUAAUACGUCUUAUCGAGCUUCCUGUUACAAAAGUAACCAGUUGCACAUUUGGGGGACCUCUACUAGAUAUUUUAUUUGUAACAACAUCUAGUCGGGAUUUAACUAAAAAGGAAUUGACAGAAAAACCAUAUUCUGGUUAUGUUUUUGCUAUAAGAGGCUUAGGAGUACAUGGUCUUGUAGCAAAUUCAAAAAUGUCAGAAAUAACUCUUGAACCACUCGUUGGACCAUAUGAUCUUGGUGAAGGUCCUCAUUGGGAUUCUAUUUCUCAAAAACUUUAUUUUGUUGAUAUAUAUGCCCAAAAAGUAUUCAGAUUCGAUCCUGCAUCUGGUAUUGUUACCUCUGUGUUUAUUGAAAAUGGACCAGUUGGAUUUGUUGUUCCUCUUGAAGGAUGCACUGAUAAAUUUGUUGCUGGAUGUGGUAUAGAUUUUGUACUUUUUUCUUGGAAUAGUGAGAAAAGCCUUGAAAAUUGUGCAGCUCAAAUAUUAGUUAGUGCAGAUAGUGAUAGAAUAGAGACAAGAUUAAAUGAUGGAAAAGUAGAUUCCUCUGGAAGAUUAUGGGCUGGAACCAUGGGUCAUGAAAAAAAUGGAAUUUUUCCACCUAAUGUAGGAUCUCUUUAUUCAAUUGGUAAUGAUUUUAUGUUGAAAAAACAAGUAUCUCCUGUAUCUAUAAGUAAUGGAUUAGCCUGGAAUUCUAAUAAUGAUAUAUUUUAUUAUAUUGAUUCACUCAGCUAUCAGAUUGUGGCAUAUAAUUACAAUUCUCAAACAGGAAUCAUAUCAAAUAAGAAGAUUGUGUUUGAUUUCCUAAAAAAUAAUAUUUCUGGAUUACCAGAUGGUAUGACUAUAGAUACAAAUGGAAAUCUUUGGGUUGCUGUAUAUGGUGGAGGUGGUAUUCUCAACGUAAAUCCGAAAACAGGUGAAUUGUUGCGUUUUGUUAAGAUUAAUAAUGCUAAGAACAUAACUAGUGUUGCUUUUGGUGGUCCUAAUCUUGAUAUUUUGUAUGUAACAUCAGCGCGUAUUGGAUUAAAUGAGAAUCAAUUAAAAGAACAAUUACAUGCUGGUUAUUUAUUUGCCAUUAAAGGUUUAGGUGUUUGUGGUUUUCCUGCCAAUUCAUUUAAACUACCAAAAAUAAAUUAAAAUAGAUAUACAUAUAAAUAUUUAAAAUAUAUACAAAUAUAUAUAAAACAUAUUUUUUUAAUAUUAAAUUACUAAAUAACAAAAUUUAUAGAUUGUAUAUAAAAAU